AUGGCCAUCUCCCCCAUCGACACAUCCCUCUCCUUCUCCCAGCCCUCCCUCCACCCCGUUCUCACCAUCGCCUACACCCUGCCCCCGCCCACCGACAGCUGCACCCCCGCCGCAUCAUUCGCCCUCACCCUGCCUGACGCGCUCUUUGUCGACCCCGAUGAGCUUGGAGGAAAGUGGCCUAUAGCAGCAGAGCCGGAUGAGGUUGGAUCUGAUGUGUGGAUAUGGGCGCUUGAACCGUCCUCUGUGGAUAUCGAGCGGCCGUAUUCGAGAAACUCUGCGCACCACACUCUCCACAUUCGGCUGUAUCCAGCUGCGAAUAUCAAAGAGCAAGAGGUGCUAGAGGUCCCACUACAUGCGAGGUAUCUUCCUCCGAGCGAUCAAGGGGAGCGGACGCUCGUGUUUCCCGGCGAGGACGGGAGUGGGCUCCAAGCGGGCUGGGUCUGCGCAGAGUCAUUGUCUGACAACAUAAAGGCUCUAGAACUCCCACUCGUUCAUCAUCAGCCCGUGUCUUUGGCAUUACCAACCGGCAAACACGCACACCAAGAAUUUGUGGAGCUAGUCACGCCGGUUGUGAUCUGGUUGGGAUGGGCUUGGAUCAUGUGGAAGCUCUGGGGGUUGACGAAGAGAGGAACGAAAGUUAAGACGUUAUGA